AUGGCGCAGAAAGGAGUUCAGCUGGACCGGGAAACUUUCUCUUGUUCCAUCUGUCUGGAUCUACUGAAGGAUCCGGUGGCUCUUUCCUGUGGACACAACUACUGUAUGAAAUGUAUUAACAGCCACUGGAAUGCAGAGGAUCAGAAACCGGUCUACAGCUGCCCUCAGUGCAGGAAGGCCUUCAGAACGAGGCCCAAACUGGAGAAAAACACGAUGUUAGCAGAUUUAGUGGAGCAGCUGAAGAAGACUGGACUCCAAGCUGCUCCUGCUGAUCUCUGCUAUGCUGGACCUGGAGAUGUGGCCUGUGAUGUCUGCAGCGGGAGAAAACUGAAAGCCUUCAAGUCCUGUCUGCAGUGUCUGGCCUCGUACUGUGAGCAACACCUCCAGCCUCAUUAUGAAUCACCGAGAUUUAAGAAACACAAGCUGGUGGAGCCCUCCGAGAAGCUGCAGGAGAACAUCUGCUCUCAGCACGAUGAGGUGAUGAAGAUGUUCUGCCGGACCGAUCGGCAGUCUAUCUGUUAUCUCUGCUCUGUGGACCAACAUAAAGGCCACGACGUGGAUGUUUUACUGUCAGAUUCACCAGCAGAGCCCACGACCAGAGCUGAGUUCUUAAAAUAUUCAUGUGAGAUCACACUGGAUCCAAACACAGCAUACACACAUCUGUUAUUAUCUGAGGGGAACAGAAAAGCAACAUACAUGAGUAAUCAGCAGUCCUAUCCAAGUCACCCAGACAGAUUCACUGGAUGGUCUCAGGUCCUGAGUAGAGAGAGUCUGACUGGACGAUGUUACUGGGAGGUGGAGUGGAGAGGGAAUGGAGUUCGUGUAGCAGCUUCAUACAAGAAUAUCAUCAGAGGGGUGUUUGACUCUAGAUUUGGAUGCAAUGACAAGUCUUGGUCUUUAGAAUGUUACAACAACAAAAAUACAUUUAGCUACAACAAUAUCAAAACUCCCGUUUCAGGUCCUUGGUCCUACAGAGUGGGAGUGUACCUGGAUCACAGAGCAGGUAUUCUGUCCUUCUACAGCGUCUCUGAAACCAUGACCCUCCUCCACAGAGUCCAGACCACGUUCACUCAGCCGCUCUAUGCUGGACUUGUGGUUGGUUACAGAUAUGGAGACACUGCUGAGUUCUGUAAACUCAAAUAACCAAAGUAAUUUAAGGGACAACAGGUUAAAAUGUGUCUUAACUCUUAAAGCUCCCAUAUUGUUCACCUUUGUUGUGUUUCAUAAGAAUAUACAUUUGUGGUUUUACGUUCUAAAAAACAUCUGAGUUCAGUUGUUCAUCUGCUCUCUCAGCCUCCUUCUGCAGCUCCAGCAGCUCAGAUAAUUUUGGGCCUCUCUCAUUAAUAUUCACGACCCUUUCUUCUGAUUGGCUGACAGUCUUGAGUGACACCCGGCCAGGCUAACCACAGUUAACGGUUUGCAGGUUAAACUCACCGGUGAAUGCAAAAAGACGAUGGCCACCGCUGAGGAAGAUGUUGUCAGACUUUACAUGUUAGAGCCUGAUGAUGCUUCCCUCUGACUCAAACAUGAAAUAUAUUACUGGUUCACUUACAGGUUGCAGAUUUAGAGUCGGACACGAUAAUGUGUAUACUGCCGUAUCCUAUAGGAGCAGCUUCUUUGAGUGACAGAUUUUUAGGAAGCAGUCAGAAAAUAUAUUUUCACAGUAUUUUUAUUGCAACUGCACCUGCUUUAUAAUCACAAGACUUGUAACUGGUGUUUUUCUACAAUAAGGGACCUUUAAACUGAUUUCUUUCCAUGUUUGUUGCUGAGAGCUCAUCGUUGUGGCAUUUCUUCUCUGCAGAGAUCAGCUGUCAAUCAAACAUUAUGGGCGGGGCUUUGACAUCUGCUCAUUAGUUGUUCUGUAGAUGUUUGACUUUCCUUCCUGUGUCUGUUGAGCCACGGAGGCUUUCACUGCUCAUGAUGACUGUUGUUCACCUCAACUCAUAUUUCUCUGCAGGAAAAUGUACAUUUCUCUCCAAAUGUUUGUUGAAUAUUUGUAUGUUGUUGUUUUUUUUUUUCCUGCAUGGCUCUUAAGAGAGAAAGCUCCAGAUAUUCUAAGAAAAUGUGUAAAAGAAAUCCUUCAUUAUAUCUACAUUUAUGUGUUUGUUAGACCAAAUGUUGUUGUUGGAAUGAGGCUCUAUGAUGUAAUAUGAAACUAUAAUUAUCAUAAUCAAUAAGGAAAGCAUUCAUUAUUCUCUUGUAUAUGGCUGAGAUUCUGGUCAAACUAACAAUCAUUUAACAGACUUUACUGACGGGGUGUGUCAACAAACUGAUUUCAUAAUAAACAAACAAACACAAACAAAGUAUUUUCUUCGUCUUAAUUUCAGGGUUUCAUACAAAGCUGA